AUGGACGGCACACCGAUUUUCACGGCGGUCUCUACCUCAGCAAGGCAGUUGUACCUGCUACUCCGCUGCAUUGCCUUCUCCCAGCGAGCAGAAGUCCAGAUCGAUCCACAUGGCAUCCAAUUCUCGGUGGAGGAAGCACGAGUUGUCCAAGGUCUGACCUUCCUGGACAAGGCCCUCUUCUCCUCAUAUAGCUGUAAACUCCCCACCACCGACAGUGACGCACUGCCCACCUUCUCAAUCUCAAUUACUGCGCUGCUCGAAACCCUACAGAUUUUUGGUACGGCGGAAGCAUCGUCUUCGGUUCGAAAUCCAUAUGGUGGCUUCUCGUCUUCAUAUGGGAAUGCAUUCAGCACUCCUGCUCUAGCUUUGGGCGGCACAUGUCGAAUAACAUAUCAGGAGGUUGGGGCGCCUCUUACGAUUACAAUACAAGAAGGCUCGGUGACAACAGUUUGUGAUAUGAACACCUACGAGGUUCAAGGGUCCCAGGGCGAUGACGGCGGUGUACCGCUGGACCGAAGCAAACUCUGUAUGAAGGCCAUAAUGAGGAGCACCUGGUUAAGUGAUGCUAUCGCAGAGCUCUCUGGGAUGAAUCCUACCGUCCUGGUUGUCAAUGUCUCCAAACGCUCGGCCCCGUAUUUCUCCUUGGAGGGCGAUGGUGGUCCAUUUGGAAACAGCACGGUAGAUUUCACAUCCGAGUCGAAGAAUGAUUCGACGCCGAGCGAGGCAAGAGUGAAACGGCAGCCAAUCGUCACGGAGACAUUCGUGGUUAAUGCGCCUGCCGGGAGCCAUGGCAGGAUCAGGCAACGGUACAAAUUUGACAUGAUCAAGAGAGCAUCGAGGGCGAUGGCAUCGGCCACCAAAGUGAGCAUCCGGCAGGAUGAGCAAGGCGUCCUCAGCCUUCAAUUUAUGGUCGACCUGGGUGAUGGUGGUUCUGGUUCUCGUGGGGAUGAAUCUGCGGCUCUCAACGCGCCUCCGAACCCCGCGAAUGUCGCCUACGUCGAGUUCAGAUUUGUCCCUCUUCUGGACGAGGAAGAAACCGAAAGCGAGGGUCAGACCGAGGACGAAGAGAUCGAGGAACAGGAUCUGGACUUAAGUCCGUGA